GUCACAGCAGAGCCUUGUCGUUGGUCAGGGAGAGCAGAGGAGUCGCAGUGUUUCUCCUGUUUGAUUUUCUUUAAAUAAAUCCAUCCAUCAUGGUGAAAGUCACCUUUAAUUCCGCUCUUGCCCAAAAGGAGGUGAAGAAGGACAGCGAGACGCUUAUUCCUGAUGACAAGGAUCCCGAGGCGGCGCAGGUUGUGGGCCAGCCAUCGAGGGCGUGGUGCUGGUGCUUCUACCUGGGACUUGCUCUCAUGCUGUCGGGCGUGGUUGUGGGCGGAGCUUACCUGUAUAGGUACUACGUGCUGGAGGAAGGCCAGGUGUUUGUGUGUGGUGUGAAGUACCGUGAGGAGAACUUCAGGAUCCAGGAGGAGAGUGAUGACAUGGUGGAGGAACCUGCAGUGGGUUUGCGUAGGAUCGAUGAGAUCGUGCGAGUGCUGCAGGACGAGGAGGUGGAGCUCAUUGACGUCCCGGUGCCCAGCUUCAGCGACAGCGACCCGGCCAUCAUUGUGCAUGACUUCAAACGGAGGCUGACUGCAUAUUUGGAUCUGAGUCUGAAUAAAUGCUACGUUAUUCCCCUGAACACGUCUGUGGUCAUGCCUCCUCAUGACUUGAUGGAUCUUCUGGCCAAGCUCAAGGCUGGCACCUACCUGCCACAGACAUAUCUGAUGCAUGAGCAGAUGAUUGUGACGGAGAAGCUGGUGGAAAUCGAGCCAUUGGGUACCUACAUCUACAAAGUGUGUCGAAACAAAGACACCUACAGACUGCAGCGCAGGGACACCAUACUGGGUCUGCAGAAACGUGAAGCGCUGAACUGUCGCAAGAUCCGCCAUUUUGAGAACCACUUUGCGAUGGAGACCAUGAUCUGUGAGCUGUGACGUGAAGAAGAAAGAAAAUAAGAGAAACUGAAAGAGAGAGAGAAAAAAAAGAGGAGAAAAAAGUUUCAUUUUCACUUUUGUCACUUUUCUGUUGCACAUAAAAAUCAUGUCGAGGGUCAUUUAAUGCUUCUCAUUCCUACUUUAAGCUUCUUUCAUUUUUUUCAUGUGUAACAUGUUAGAAAAUAACGUGUGUGUGUGUGUGUAAGGAGAGUGAGUGUGUGCAUGUUUCUUCAGGAUAAUAUAAUCUUUAUAUAGUUCAUUUUUUAUUGUUUGAUUUGUUCUCUUGGUUUUGGAUGAUCUUCAGUGAGAAGUUUAAUAUUUUCGAUAUAAAUUAGAAAAAGAAAUAAAAAUAAAGAUGUUAGAAAUGUGUAUGGAAGUAAAUUGAGAUCUGUGUAUAUUUUCAAAUAAACAAAGGAUAUUCUGGCUUGAAGGUAAGGAUGAAAGUCAUUUUUUACACCACUGGACUGUCUUGUGCCUGUGGCUUUAACCCAUGAGAAUAGAGCAGAAUGUCAAUGUAAAGCUUCAUGAUCUGAGGAAAGGAAUGGUGUGUGUGGAGAAGAAACACAGUGAGGAGCAUUUCUAGCAGAAACUUCUCUAAUUAUUAUUAAUAUUUUUAAUAAUAAUAAUAAUAAUAAUAAACUGUUAAACUCUC